UGCAGUGAGCAGCCUCUCAUUCUAACACUGCUCCACUGUUACACAUUCACGUUUACACUGAACUAAAUGCAGAAACACUGGAGAGCUCAUGUUGAUGCUGGAUUUCAUUGUGGACUUAAAAUGAAUAUCCUGCAGGUACUUCUCACUGUUCUGUGUUUAAGCAUCGAUAACUCUCAGGGUUUUAACGUGGGGACUUCUGGAGCUAGGAUCUUCUCAGGGUCGGCAGAAGAACAGUUUGGUUACACUGUACAACAGUUUAGCAACAGUCAAGGAAAAUGGCUCCUUGUGGGUUCUCCGUGGAAGGGAUACAAUCAAAAUCGGAAGGGAGAAAUCUAUAAGUGUGAAGUUAACAAGCCUGGAACCAGCUGUCAGGCACUUAACCUUCAGAAUUCUGUCGAUAUGCCAAAAAUCUCCAACAGCAACAACAUCAACAUGAGUCUAGGUCUUACUCUAACUCCAACAACCAAAAACAACGGGUUUAUGACAUGUGGUCCUCUAUGGGCUCAGCUCUGUGGAAGUCUGUACUUCUACCCAGGAAUCUGUGCUGAAGUGAGCCCACAGUUUACGCUCCAGCCGCCCUUCUCCCCUGCCAUUCAAACUUGUGGUAGUUUUAUGGACAUUGCCAUUGUUUUGGAUGGAUCCAACAGUAUAUACCCAUGGGAACCGAUCGUCGCUUUCCUCAAGAAACUUUUGGAAAACUUAGACAUUGGACCUCAAAGCACUCAGGUCAGUGUGAUGCAGUAUGCUGUUGACACCUCGUUCGAGUUCUACCUGAAUUCCUUUCAGACAAAACAGGCCAUGAUUAAAGCAGCUUCAAAUAUUCAGCAGAAACAAGGAUUAGAGACUAAUACUUUCAGAGCCAUUGAUUUUGCCAGAAAGGAGGCGUUCCUAGCCAAAAAUGGAGGUCGUCCUGGGGCCACUAAAGUGAUGGUGGUGGUAACUGAUGGAGAGUCGCAUGAUGCAAAUCUAAGGAAAACAGUUAUUACAGCAUGCGAGAGCCAAAAUAUUACUCGCUUUGGCAUUGCGGUGCUUGGAUAUUAUUUAAGGAAUGACAUUGACACAAGCAAACUCAUCGCUGAGAUUAAGUCAAUAGCCAGUAAUCCGAGCGAGAAAUACUUUUUCAAUGUGUCCGAGGAGGCGACGCUUAUAGAGAUUGUCGGAACUCUUGGAGAUCGAAUCUUCAACAUUGAAGGUGUUGGAAAAGGUACUGCGGAUAAUUUCAAAAUGGAAAUGUCCCAAGUGGGGUUCAGUGCACACCAGACCAGAAAUAAGGAUUUGAUCCUACUGGGAGCAGCUGGUGCAUAUAAUUGGAUCGGGACUGUUGUUCACCAAACUGCUCUGAAAUCAGACAUUUUGCCCAAAACUGCUUUUGAGAACGUCUUGGAAGAUAGAAACCAUAGUUCGUUACUUGGCUACUCUGUCAGCUCUGUGACUGAUGGCUCGUCUGAGUUUUAUGUGGCCGGAGCUCCUCGUGCCGUUCAUAGAGGACAGGUUGUAGUUUAUACUAUUAACAGCCAGGGACAACCUGUCAUCAAAGAUUCACAGAGAGGAGAUCAGAUCGGGUCUUACUUUGGCAGCGUUCUCUGUCCCGUUGAUGUGGACGCUGAUGGUGUGACUGAUCUGCUGCUGGUUGGAGCUCCAAUGUACAUGAGCGAGGAGAAGUCUGAAACAGGACGAGUCUACCUGUUCACCAUUACCAAGGGUAUCUUGAGUAACCAGGGUUUUUUGGAGGGUUCUCAAAAGAACGCUCGGUUUGGGACGGCCAUCACUGUCAUCCCAGAUCUGAACAUGGACGGCUUCAGAGACGUGGUGGUUGGUGCCCCAAUGGAAGGCAAUGGCCAAGGUGCCAUUUACAUCUACUAUGGAGACGGAAAAACCAUCAGAAAGCAGAGCUCACAGAAAAUUAUUGGAACGAAACUGGACCCAGCGAUGAAGUACUUCGGCCGUUCUCUAGACGGCAGAGGAGAUAUGAACGAAGACUCAAUCCCAGAUGUCACGGUGGGGGCUUUUGGGAAAGUCGUCCAACUCUGGAGUAGAGCAGUUGCAGUGGUCACAGCCAAGGUUUCCUUCACCCCUGAUAAGAUUAGUAUCCUGAGUAAACCGUGUCGCUAUAGUGGAAGGCAGGUGUCCUGCUUCAAGGCUAAAGUGUGUUUCAGUGCAACAUUUAAACCAACAAAUCCACUGGAGCCAGUGGAUAUCAAGUACAGCCUGAACCUGGAUGCUGACCUGCAGUCUUCUCGGGUCAGCCCUAGAGGUCAUUUCAGCAACACGGAUCGGGUCAUCCAGAAAGACAUUAGCGUCUCUGCACAGGACAUAUGUGAAGAGCAUGAUGUCUAUGUGCAGGAGACUCCUGACCUCGUCAACUCAAUUGCUUUGCGUGUGGAUGUAGUUCUCAGCUAUCCAGAAGCAAACCCUGUUCUAGACGUCUUCAGUCCUAAUGCGUGGGAGUUUUUUAUCCCAUUCUCAAAGGACUGUGGCCAAGAUGAACUUUGCUUCAGUGACUUGGUACUUAGUGUGGAGAGUGAACAGAAACUUGGCAAAACUCCACUGGUGGUCAGCCAGAACAAGAAAAGACUCUCCUUCACUGUGACAGUGAUGAACAGGAAGGAAAAUGCGUACAAUGCACGUGUGUCAGUCAGCUACUCCAGAAACCUGUUCUACGCUUCUUUUACACAACUGACUGAUGGAACAGAGGUGAAGUGCACUCUGAUAAAAGAUUCAGACACACUCACCUGCCAAGUGAGUUAUCCAGCCCUGAGGACAGACCAACUGGUAACAUUUGUGGUAAACUUUGACUUUAAUAUGAAUCAGCUUCAAAAAGAUGCCAAUGUUGUCUUUGAAGCUUUAAGUGACAGCACAGAGGAAACUCCAGCUGAUAAUAUAAUCUCUGUCUCCAUUCCUGUCCAAUACAACUCUGAGAUCAUCCUCAGCAGAGAAUCAAACUUAAAUGUUUAUUUACUGGAAAAAGAGGACAAUUUUGCAACCACAGUGAAGGAUUACAAGGACAUCGGCCCAGAUUUUAACUUUAAUUUAAAGGUUUCUACAGGAACCGUCCCAGUCAGCCUCAUUUACCUCACUGUCUCGCUGCCUAACAGCACUAGAGCAGGAAAUCCCCUCCUGUAUAUAAACAGCAUUAAACCUUCGCCUGCUGAAAAAAUCCAUUGUGCAGACAGCCAUCAGAUUGACCCUUUUAAGAACGGGCAAAAAACUUAUACAGCCCGAUUCACAGAAGAGAGUUUUAGAGGAACAGAGGAACUGAACUGCAAAACGGCCACAUGCUGGUCAAUGAAAUGCGUCCUGAAGGACCUGGAGGGGAAAAAUGAUUAUUAUGUGAAUGUAACUACAAACAUAUGGAAUGGCACCUUUGCAAUGGCUGAUUUCCUAUACGUCGUGCUCUCUGUGAGAGCUGAUAUAGAGACGUCUCAACCAGACCUACUGUUCAUCGAACAGAAAAACCUGAAGGUUGAAGUCAAAGUGAGCAAACCUGGAGCUAAAGGGGACGUUCCGGUGGGCGUAAUUGCAGGGAGUGUUAUCGGCGGUCUGUUAUUAUUGGCUCUAGCAGUCGCAUUGCUUUGGAAGGUGCUUUAUUUAGCUUUUUUUCCACAAUGUCAGUUCAGUGUACAUCUUGUGUCAUUGUUUUCCUUCAAAAACCAAUGUGUUUAUGUUCAGCUUGGAUUCUUCAAGAGGAAGUAUCAACCGCUGAUGAAGAACGACGAGAAUGCAGCAGAACAUCAGGAACUGCAGGAAAACAGUGAGGCGCCCUAAGAGAUCUGCCGAGACUCAUUUCGAGACUCACAGCUUUCUUCUCUGACACAAAUGGCCAGAACAGGGCUAGAAAGAGUGAAUGAGAGAACUGGAAAUUGCCAGUUUGAUUACAACGCAUCAACUGACAACUGGCAUUCCAAUCCCAUUCAUUUCUCAUGCUUUUUCUCUGCUAGCUGGUGUAUCUUUUGGCACAGUCUUACCACUUCCACCCAUUUCCUGGGUAGUUUACUAGAUCUUUUUGACUAUUGUGACAUUUGAUUAUUGGUGUCAUAUGCUGGCAUAUGAGGAAACGGACCUUUGAGUUUUUAUUUGAACACAUCUGAUCAUUUAUUUUUAUAGUUGAGUACUAAAAUUACCAAUCGCACAAGGCCCCAAUAUAAUUCAAACAAAAUCAAAGAAUGAACUGGUGUGACGUAAUUUUGAACAAACUCAAAAUUAAGUUCGUUUGGUGUUCAUUUCGGGAGUUCGAAACAGCUUGCAAUAGCAAACUUUUUGGAAAAAUUAGUUCUGACUGGUAAACACCUUCGAAAUACGAUUAUGCACUAGCUGUGGCUCCGUUACAAUCUUCUCCUGAUAAUUUCUUCUGUUGUACAGUCCUUGGAGGUCAGACACGAAUAAAAACAUGAACACACCGGAGAGCUGCUGGAGAGUUGUAAUCCUAAUUAAAAAAGACAUAACAUUUUUCAUGUUUAAUACUGUAGCUGCUCUCUUUAAAGCAAUUGUAUAAAGUGCUAUAUAAAUAAACGUGAAUUGAAAAGUGCUGAAUUGCAAACAUCCACAUCGCUAUGAUCAGAUGCUUUCUUAACUGCUGUUUUCUCACCGCUGUCAUUUUAGUCGUGUUUAUUUCGUUGUUGAAAGGAAAGUGUGCAGCACACAUUUACAUAUUCAUCUACAUGUGGGCAGUGUCGGAUGUUUGCUAACAGUAUAGCGCUCCAAACGUAUUUCAAUCUCCUUUUUACCCCUAAGCAUAGAAUAGGAAAAUUUAUUGGAGCCUUUAUGUUAUGUGCUAUAUUAUAUCAGUAUUUUCAAAAUCGUAGUGAAUCCAUUUCAGCAACAACAUAAAAUGAAUACAACAGAGCUUAAAUGUGUUAUGCCCAAAUCAACACACUGUCCAUACUACGCAAGCACCAUGAACAAUUAAUAAGUAAUAAGCAGGGCUACUCUGCAUAAAACAUCAGGGAAACGUGCUAAUACUGCAUGAGAAAAAGAUUGCACAAAUGAAUAAAGUUAGUAAUAACAAACGAUGCAGGCAACACUUUUAAAAACUUAACAUUAUAUCUUAUCUGCUUUUAUUAAUGUACACUGAAAUACUUUGAAAUGUCUUUAAACAUUUUAAUGUAUAGGAAUUACUGAUAAUGCUAACUUUUAUAUGUUUUGAAAUGACAAAGUUAAUAUAAAGUGUUGCCAAUAAAUUGGUAUGAUUUUGUAUUAAUUCAGGGUUUAACUUCUACUGAUAGUGUGACAGGAAAAGGGGCCUGUCUAAGAUUUUCCUUAAUGUUUACAUAAUGUUUUUGCACUGGUACCUUUGUAAGACUUUCUAUUCUUUUACAAGAAGAGCAGAAUAUACUCUUUUGAUUUGUAUUUAUGUUUCAUCAGGUGUUACAGGAAAACUUUGGGCUUUGUAUUUUUUCAAUAAAAACAUCUCAACACUU